AUGUUCUGGACUCUGAUGCUGAACGGUUCUUUACCCAGAGCCCUGCGGAAUUCGGAGCACCCAACUCUCCAGAAUGACAGGCAGAUCCUGUGCACCGCAGUGCUGCUCGGGCUGAAUGACAGCAAGAAUCGCUUAGUGAAAGCUGCAACUUCACGGGCCCUGGGAGUCUAUGUGCUUUUUCCCUGUCUCAGACAGGAUGUCAUAUUUGUUGCGGACGCAGCAAAUACAAUAUUGAUGUCACUCGAAGACAAGUCUCUGAAUGUUCGAGCCAAAGCAGCCUGGUCCCUGGGCAACCUGACAGACACUCUGAUUGUCAACAUGGAAACACCAGACCCAAGUUUCCAGGAAGAGUUCUCUGGUCUCCUCCUCUUGAAAAUGUUACGAUCAGCUAUAGAAGCAUCCAAGGACGAAGACAAGGCUAUCAUUGGGACAGUCCGAGAUGGGGAGUUGGGGGAGACAAUGGAUGAAUGGGUGGAUGAAUGGACAGUAGUCCAGGGAGAUGUCCCUGUGUGUCCUGAACUGGGCCCUUCCUCCAAUGAGAAGCCUUCCUGA